CUCUCGCAGACGGACUCCCGCGAUUACAGCCUGGUGACCGCCAGCUGCGGCUUCGGCAAAGACUUCCGCAAAGGCAUCCUCAAGAAAGGCAUGUGCUACGGGGAUGACGCCUGCUUCGUGGCCAGGCACCGCUCGGCCGAUGUGCUGGGGGUAGCAGAUGGUGUAGGUGGCUGGAGAGACUAUGGGGUUGAUCCUUCUCAGUUCUCAGGGACUCUAAUGCGAACAUGUGAACGUUUAGUAAAAGAAGGACGGUUCGUACCAAGCAAUCCUGUUGGAAUUCUUACUACAAGUUAUAGUGAGCUGCUGCAGAACAAAGUACCUUUGCUUGGAAGCAGUACUGCUUGCAUAGUAGUUCUGGACAGAACAAGUCAUCGUUUACAUACAGCAAAUUUAGGAGAUUCUGGUUUUCUAGUAGUCAGAGGAGGAGAAGUAGUACAUCGAUCUGAUGAACAGCAGCAUUACUUCAACACUCCAUUCCAACUGUCAAUAGCUCCACCAGAAGCAGAGGGAGUCGUCUUAAGUGAUAGCCCGGAUGCUGCUGACAGUACAACUUUUGAUGUUCAGCUAGGAGACAUUAUUUUGACAGCAACAGAUGGACUUUUUGACAACAUGCCUGACUAUAUGAUUCUUCAGGAACUAAAAAAGUUGAAGAAUUCUAAUUAUGAGAGCAUACAACAGACAGCAAGAAGCAUUGCUGAGCAAGCUCACGAACUGGCCUAUGACCCCACUUACAUGUCACCUUUUGCACAGUUUGCAUGUGACAAUGGAUUGAAUGUGAGAGGGGGAAAGCCAGAUGACAUCACCGUCCUUCUUUCUAUAGUAGCUGAAUAUACAGACUGAUUUGCCUAAUGUCAACGUCUGUUUUCCAUUAUCUUGGAGUUCCUAGCUUCACAUGUACUGUUUCCUGCUGGCAGGAUAGAUUUCUUUCUUUGCAGCUGAUCUCAAUGGCCAUUACUCAAGCGGGGUUGCCUGUUACGACACAAUUGAGAUCCUUUAAAAACCACUAUUUGCAGUACACUGGUGUUCAUCUGCCAGCAUGAAAUGAAGAAAAAGACAUGAAGCUUGUCUCUCAACUUAGUAAUCAUCCACAAGGUGGGGGAAAACGAGAUCCAUAUGGUUACUACUUCUCAAAUAUUACUAGUUUCAAAUUAUUAUUGAUUGGUUACAAUUCAAAAUGAAAUUUAAUAAAUAAAAUUGAUACAUUCUCUCCACCAGAGUGUACUACUGUUCUGCUAGAAACAUCCGUUAUCCAACGAAGGAUAUGUUACAAAGCAUCCUUUCAUAAACAUAGUCUUGUUACAGUAAUAGGUGAGAGUUUGUGUUUAUAUAAUAUAAACUCCAGUUUUCAGGGGGUUUAUAGCUGCUGUAAACAUUUUGCUCUUGGCAUACGUGGUGUCAGCCUUAGCAGACUUUUUCUAGUACAAGAUUUGAAAAAAAAAUAGUUUGAGCUGUAUGGAUGCCACAAGUGUUUUGUGAUUUCAGGUGCUUAAUUGUGAUCUUAUACAUGAAAGUUUUGCAAAUAAUUAGUCCACAAUGAGGCCUGGUAUCUCUGGAUGUUUUGUUUUUUGAAGUGGGGAACUUUUUGUUUAAAAAGGGUUUAUUGUGUUAAGUUGUAACUAAAACUUACAAAAGCUAGAAUAUUCAAAGUUGAGGUUUAGCACAAUAUCAUUAAUCUCUGAUCAGAAUGUAUGCUGCAAUACCCAAGAAUGAUGGUUUGCAUUAAGAACAGAUACUCCUCAACUCUGAACUUUCUUGCUUUUGUUUACAGAGAACAUUACUGUUAACUAGACAUGGUUUGUGCAUUGCCAUUCUUGCUUUGUAUAAAAUAGAAUCUGUACCAGUUAUUUUGAUGCUUGUCUUGCUAGCUCAAAAGUGCACCUCUGCUUAUGCUGUCAGCAGCAGCAGUAAGUAUACAAAUGGAAAAUUAGUUAAUGAAUAAUUAGCAGAAGUUACAUUUCAGUAACUGAUAUUUGGGGUUUUCACUAUGAACCUUCAUGAUGUUUACAAUUAUUAAAUAGCCACUUGCAAUAUAGCAUUUCCUUAUGAAUUUUAGUAGCUCGCAAUUGUUUCCCCAGUUUCUGCAACCCCUUUUUCUGAGGUGCAUAAGCUGAUAGCUGUAAAGAUUAUAUAUAUUUUUGGUCAGUUUUUCAUUAACUUUUUUUGCUGGUAGAAAAGUACUUAGAAAUAAAUUAAAGCCAUGUUUUUAUAUAAAAGUCAGGUAACGAUGUCUAGAUGAGUGCAUUUACACUUGGUCAGUAAGGAAUCUCUCCUUAUCUGAAAGGCGAUUUUACUACCUGGCUUAUUGUAUUAAAACUGUUUCAGUUGGAGGAAAUCUCAAAUUGUUUAAAGAACCCUUUUUUGAGUUGUACUGUAUAUUUGCAUAAAUGUAUGUUGAGCUCUUAUUUUAUAUAAAAAUAACUUAAUAUGUACCAUGUACAUGUCAUUUUACUGUUUUAAUGCAUCAUGCUUGUAACAGGCAUUUCAUUUAUGAGUGAGUGAUUAAUUUGGGAGCUAUUCAGUAAUUUAUUUGUAUUCAUAAAUUGGCAUAAUGUUAGAUAUAUUUUAAAUCAUCUUUAAUUACUUGUCAAAAUGCCUUAACUACCCUAACUUGGCCAAAAUAAUAGUAGUUUGGUGGGGGUAUGGGAAGAAUUAAUGAAAACACCAUGUGAGAGGUAGACAGCUUUGCACAAACUGUAGUCCCUUUAAUCUUUAAAAUUUGAACAAGCUGUAUCUAGGUACCUUUUUGUUGGAAGGAAUGUAUUUGUGCUGCAUAGGGCUUCAUUUUUAGUGUUUGAGGAAUGUCUCAAAUCGGGACACUCCCUACACUAAAGUCUUCAGUAUUUUGUCACAAUUCCUUGUUAGAGCAGACUAGAU